UAGGGCAAACGUAGGUAUACAAUACUUACGUGUGAAUUUACACCUUAACUAACUACUUACAUUUGGUUUACACCGGAUACUUAACUGGACGUUACUAACGCCGUCUGAUGUAGACAAUACCUCCGUCAAAAUUUAACCCUAAACCUAAUCAAAACCAUAACUUUGAUUUUUCCGGCCGCUGCCGAGAAGGAAAAAAGUCGCGGCUGAUUGGAGAAAUCGAGGGAUGAAAGAGGGUUUUCCUCAGAUUUGAAGUUUUUGCUGUGAGAAGAUGCAUGGUGAUAAAGAUAAAGAUGCUUCUGCUGUGACAGAUUCAAAUGAGUUGGCGAGGCUGUGCUGCUCUGAGCUAAAUGGUGGUAUACAGAUACCUUUCAAGGAAUUUGUAUUCUGCAAUUACACUGGCUUAAUUAAGCAUAGUCAAGAUGCAGGGGUAUAUUGGGUUGGAAUUUUAGAUGCAUCAGAUUGUAUAUUGGAACCAGGAAAUGUAAAUAUCUCAACAGUCAGUUGUACACUAUUACAGCAGAAACCUGGACAAGCUUUCUUGGCGUCCCUGAAAUUCUCUGAUAUAAGCUUCGAGUGCAAUGGUGCAGGGGAACUUCUAUAUAUAUAUAUAUUGCAGCCGAUGCUUCAUGAGGUGGGAAAUAAAAAACCUCACUUAACGUGGCUCAUUCAAGAGCACCAACAUGAUUUCCUACACUUGAUCAAUGGAGCUGUUGAAGAAGAUGAAGGCAAAACCUAGAUAUGAUGGACGCAAGUACAGACGAUCAAGAGCUUUGACGGUGAGUGUGCUCUACCUAAGUGUCAGAAGAUGAGGGUUUUGCUGAAUGCAUGAACCAUUCACGGAAACUUGAGAGGACACAUGAUUGGGCUUCUUGCACAUGACUAUCUCAUGGUGGUUAUUCUCUUUAGGCGAGCAGGGAGGUAAAGUAGCUCCAAGCACACCAUCUGCAACUUCAUUAAAAUAGGAUUACACACUGCUCUGUAAGUCUAUCUACAAUUUCGAGAAUCAUCAAAGACAUAAAAUUCUUUAAGCAAAAUCAUCAAGAGUAAGUAAAAUCAUUGCCUUCUCAUGCCCACGAUGUUGUGCUGUUGUUAGCAACAUUGGACCCUAUUAAGUUGGUUUGUGUCAGUAAUGAUCCUCUAUUCCUGUAUCAUACCUGCAUUCAAACACUUACUAUUGAACAACUAAUUUGUUCUGUCAUCAUGAUAGAGAUGAUGCUGCUUCAUAAUUA